UGAAACGCGUACGAGGCCCUGGUACAACAGACUGAAAUUCGCCCAAAAUUAAGCAUGCAGAGAAACGUAAUGUAUGCGUGACGUUUUCGAUCGAAGAUGGUGUUCUAGUGGCGGGAGGGUACUUUAGCCAGCGCUACCUAUAGCUACACUGUAAAAUUACAGAGUAAAUACAACCCUUAAUGGCUUUCUAGUCAUUUUGUGGUGUAUGAUACAUAUAGUAUUGUAUAGUGGAAACAAUCCACUAACUAUAGGUUUUUGUGAUUUUCUGGGAUAGCCACUUUAAAUGUUUAUUAUUAUUCUUAUUUUAAAUAUUAUAGAAUAGACUUUCUUAAUUUUACAUCUACGUCAAAAAUAACAGAUGAUGCGAUGGAACCCUUCGCAAUUUUGGAGAAAAUUCAAAGAUCUCUGGAGUGUCGAAAUUUUCCUGACCUUAACUUUAAACCCAAACAAGUCAAGUGCUUGGAGUCCAUAGUAAGAGGACAGGAUGUCAUUGGGGUGUUUCCAACAGGAUAUGGGAAAUCUUUAAUUUUUCAACUGUUACCAGAUGUCAUGAGAAACAAAGACGAAAAAUCUUCAAUUGUCAUUGUAAUCACUUGUUUAAACGCAAUUAUGGAAGAUCAAGUGAAUUUUCUGAAAAAAGUAGGAAUGACUUGCUACAUCCUACGUGACUUAAAUUUUGAGGAGAAUGCUGUACAGACGUUGUUUGAGGAUAUCUGUCUGAGUGAUAAAACAGAAGAUGUCUUACCAUCAUUUGUAUUGGAUGGUCAUUGUGACUUCCUAUUUUGCCAUCCAGAGGCUAUAUUGAGUGAGAGAGGAAGAACUUUGAUGAAAACGAAAAUUUAUCAAAAAAAUGUCAAAGCUUGUGUCAUUGAUGAGGCUCACUGCUUGAACACCUGGGGAAAAGAAUUUCGCAAAGAAUUUGAAAACUUGGGCGCAAUGCGAGCUUUUUUUAGAGAGAUGCUGUGAUGAUACAUUUUUGUGAGAAGUAAAUGCUGGGUAUGAGAGAUGAGAUAUUUGCGAUUGUACUUGGUAUUCUUAAUUUACCUUUCUGAUUGAUAUGGUCAACUUGAUCUUCACUUAAUAGUCUUGAUUGAAAUACAAAUCUGUCUUUAUGGUACACAGACUUAUCAUAUUCCACUGUUGAAUUCUGUAAUGUGCUUCCUGCUUUUUCAUAAACCAGUUGUUUUUUUGGUGACACUAUAAAUCAAGAUAGUAAAUUUGAAGAAUAUAUAUAAAAUAUAAAAAAGUAUACAUGUAUAUGCAUAGUAUAUAUAAAAAAGAUAUAUGUAAUUUUUAAAACAUAGGUAAGAAAGAAUGUAUAUUUUACCUCUGAGUUUCUUUGUGGUACAUUUUUGUUCUGGUGACGAUAUUACCCUUUUCACACUGCAAUUUUUCCGAAAGCUUAUCUGUGCAUUCCGACACAAAAUCUUAAAUUGUACAAAGUUUUCAAUUUUUCUUUCACAUUUACGACAGAUUAUAUCAUUUAUGUUAUCAGUUUGCACAAUUGUGAUACCCACAGUGCCUUGUAUUUUCUCUUGAAGUUGUUUUGAUGUUCCAAUAUUUCCAAAAAUUUGACUAAAUCGUUUUAAGUCAGUCUCAGCACACAGUCUACACACUUUAUCACAUCCACUAUAAACUUUAUGUGGUGUGAUAUUUUCUUUCCCUUUGCCUAAAAACAAAGAUUUAUAUUAGUUGUUAUUUUUUGUAUAUAUAUAUUUCCUUUUAUUUAUACAGCUAGCUAUACUUUAUUUCCUAAAAUAUUUUUUAAUGCU